UCCCACUGGGCAUCAUCUGCUGGGGCACAGCAGGCGCUCAGGCUGUUUCUCCUCUCUUUUGGCAGCUCCCGGGCAGUGAAGGAGAUCUGGGUCAGCGCCCUCCUUGGGUAAGCCCUCUCGGGCACUGCAGCAUGGACAGCCUGGGCAGCCAGAGCACCCACCGUGGGGGGGAUGCUCCAUGUCUGGCAUGGAUGCUGAAACACCUUGUUUGAGCUGGGCAGGGGUUUGCUCACAGCUGCAGGCAGAGGUGCCCCCACAGCUGCAGGCAGAGGUGUCACCACUGCCGAGCAGGCACAGCUGGCAGAGAUGCUUCAUCCAGCUGUGUCCAGACAACACCUGCCCAGCCCCAUCCUCGGCACUGCUGCUGCUCCCGCUCCACUGCCAGGCAGUCCUGGCUGUUCCAGGCAGUGUGGAAGCACUCCCCAGGCUGGCAGCAGAGGGAAGAGCUGGCUUGGGUCUCACACAGCUCUUUCUCUCCCCCUUCCCCAUGCACAGACCACCCGAAGGAGUUCAGGGAGCCCGGGUGACCCAGCUGCCACGGAUAAGGCUGCUGCUGAAGGAGCUGAGUGGCCGCCAUGCUGGGACGACACUGGAUGCCGGCAGCCUGGAGAAGCUGCUCCAGCGCCAGGCCAAGGCUGGUGCCAGGCAGCUGCCACUUCCUGGCCCCUCCGGUAGUGAAGGCAGAUGUGGCCACGUGGAUGGUGAGUGUGGAGAAGACAGGGGCAGGAUGGCCCUUCUCUCCUGCUCUUGCAGGCGGGCACGCGUGCUGCGAUGGGGCUGCCGCUGCCCUUCCUGCAGGACACGUCCAUCCCCAUCACUCUGCGGCAGGAGGGAGCUGAGCACUGGGGCCCCUCACUCCCAAAUGAUGCUGCCUCUCUCGUGCCCUCGGUGGUGAGGGGGCAACACUGAGGGAGUCUGGGAAUGCUGUCCUGGUGCUUCUCCUCCAUGGCUCUUUGCUCCUUUUCCUUUGGCAGCAGGCGGGACGAGCAGGAGCAAGAGGAAGCUGCCCUGGCCAUUUGCAUGGCCAGGCACCUUGGCUGCAGUAGCGGCACGGGGGCCAUCAGGCCCUGCUCGUGUGGGAGCUCUGUUUGGCCAGCCCCUGGCAGAUCUGUGCAGCCAGGAUCGCAUGCUGCCUCAGCCCAUCCAGGACCUGCUGGCUCUGCUCAAGGAGCAUGGCCCAUCCACGGAGGGGAUCUUCCGGCUGGCAGUCAGCCAGCACGCCUGCCGUGAGGUCAGGGACGCCCUGGACAGCGGGGUGCCAGUGCAGCUGGAAAACCAGCCUGUGCUGCUGCUGGCUGUCCUCUUGAAGGACCUCCUCCGGAAUAUCCCCUCCAAGCUCCUCAGUGUCCAGCUGUUUGAGGAGUGGAUGAAUGCUAUGGAGAAGACCAGCAGGCAGGAGAGGCUGGCAGCCCUGAAAGAGAUGGCCAGCAAGUUACCAGGGGCCAACCUGCUCCUGCUCCGGCACUUGCUGUCGCUGCUUAGCAGCAUUAGCAGGAACGUGGCCACAACCAAGAUGACGGCUGGAAACCUGGCCAUCUGCCUGGCAACUAACCUCCUGAGCCCACCCCAGGAGCUGCCCCUGGAUGUCCUGGCUCUGGAGACAGGGAAGGUGACGAAGCUUGUUGAGUUCCUCAUCGACCACCAUGAGGAGCUCCUUGGAGAGCAGGUGGCCGGGUUGGCCAGCAAGGGAGACGAGGAGACACCAGCACCACAAGCAGAGCUGGAAACAGCAGAGGUGCCUCCCAUCGCUCCUGAGAGAGAACAGCAGAGGAGCUUUUCUGGGGAGAGAAGGUAAAACUGCCUGGCUUUGCUUGGUUCAAGCUGAUCAUGGCUUCACCUGUCUA